AUGUCAACAAGUCUUAAUACAAUAACUAACAAAAAUAAACCUGAAUUGAAAGGAGUUCAUAAAAUCAUUUCUAAUUUACAGUUAAAGUCAACUCAAGAAGAUAGUUUGAAUGAUUUUUUAGUUAAACUAGAAAAUCAUAUGACUAUGGUGGUUGAGCAAAUAAAAACAAAUGAAUAUACUAAUGAUUUUAAAACAAGUCCAUAUGACUCAACUCCUAUUUUAGUCACUUUAAUUCGAAAUAAAAUGAAAACAAAUGAGCUAGAUGAUGAAGAUUCCAAUGAUUUGAUUGAAAAUGAAUUUGCUUUUGAUUAUUCUAAAUCUUUUACCAAUAAAGCUAAUCAAAAAAUCCUUAAAGCAUAUUUACUAUUUUAUAUGAAAGAAUACGAAUCCUGGGAUGAUAACUUUAAAGAGUUGAUUCGACAAAUAUGUAAUACUUACUUUGAAACAAGACGUAAUAUAUUAAAAGCCUUAUCAGAAAAAUCAAAAGCUAUAAAAACUAAUAAUCAAUGUGGUAAUAGAACUUUGAAGAUGCCCUGUUCAAUAUCACCAGAUUUUCCACAAUGGGCCAUUAAGCUAUAUAAUCUAAAUACUAUUCUUUCUAAUGCAGUUGAUCCAGAUUCUGAAGACGAUUCUGUGUUUCAAGAUAUAACAAAUGACCUUAUUAUUAAUUCACAACCUGAGGAAACAUUCAAUUAUGGAUUAACAGAUUCAAAUAACACUCAUGAUCAAUCGUCAUCACAUCCAGUCAAAGUUCUAUCAGAAGAUGCAAUUAUUAACCAAAAAUCAGCAGGACUUAAUAAAAAACAAAGCAACAAUAUUAAGAAGCGAUGGGUUCCAUUAAAAGAUGCAGCAAAUAAUCAAGAAUCGACAGAACCUGUUCUGAAAUCAACAAAAUGA